AUGCGCCCCAGCAACGCUGAAGUACUGAAAUCACCUCUCCUGCUCCCAUACGCCUUCACCCCCGACUCUUCGGUCUAUACGUCAACAGAACACAGGCACAACGUGCAAGCGAGGGAUAUUCGAACCCCUUCCCUGCCGUCCGCUACACAAUCUUCUACCCUCAGACCUAUUCUAAACAAUAUCCCAUUCGACACUCACGAACGAACCUCAGCACCACCUCGAAACUCACACCACUUCGUGUGCGAAUCUUUGAGACCCUUUUAUAAUCAAAACUCUCUAUCUACAUCUCUUCCUUCCGCCCUCGAUCCGUUCACCUUUCACGACUGUCUAUCGCCCUCUCACCUCUUCUCACCCGGACCACGACCUGUCGGAUCCUGCCUCCUCACCGCCCUUUCCCUCUCGUCCACGACUUCCUCUCUGGACGAAGCAGAUAGCCCUCCCUUCAUGGCACCGCCUAUCGCUCGUCGUGGCAAUGUUGAAACAUCGCCUCGAGGCGGUGAUCUCUUGAACUCAACAAGUAAGAUGGAACUGCCUCAACCUGGACACAGUCAGGUCCCUGAAGUACCGCCAAGGGCACGCCCAUCACAAAUCGAAACUGACUUUGUCGAAGCAUCCCUCAUCGCUCGCGUGGUGCGGCGUUUGCACUCCAACACCAUAGGUUCGGCGGAGGAUGACGGAUCGUGCCCAAGGCCCAAGCUUUCAACUGCAAACAGCAGUGUCACUGCAUUACAAUUCCGAGCAGGCAGCUCUGAAUGGUGCUUGGAUGUCUCGAAGGAUUUUCUCGAAAUGGCGGAAUACAUCCGAUUGCCUCCGGAGCCAAAUAUGCGGCGUCUAACAUCAUGGGAAUCUGAGAUAUUUCGUAUCGCUCGGGAGGCUGGGGUCCCACGAUUUUAUCAAGUCGACCACGAACGCGAUCCGAUGCCUUUUAGUACGUGGGUUUUGGAAUGUGCGUGGGACAUGGCAAGGUCACUGGAGAAAAGUUCUAAGGUGUUGAGGUAUAUGUCCGAACAUGGGCCAGGUUCUCAUCAAUCGCCGGAGCUUCCCCCGACUGCACGAAACGAGUACAUUGUUGAAACCCAGGCCGCGGGAAACUCUACACGACCUGAUCAGAUCCAGACAGUGGUAGAACCGCAUUCUAUGUAUACUGAUGUAAGCCAACGACACCCGCCCCCUUACAACCCACCUACGUUGAUGAUGACGUUCCAAUGUGAUGUUCAAGGAACUUCCGAUCAAGAAGCGGCUUCCCAGCAAGCACAUAGAUUGAUCGGAUGGCAGAGUUGA